AUGCUCUCGACCGACGACGAGUGGCCGCUGAACGCCGCCUGGUGCAACUUCUACGUCACGUGCGACGUGCUGGCCUGCACGGCGUCCAUCUGGCACAUGAGCUUCAUCUCGCUGGGCCGCUACCUGGGCAUCCGGGACCCGCUCAAGAACCAGCCGCGCAACACCACGCCAGUGGUGACGCGCGUGGUGCUGGUCUGGCUGCUGUCGCUCGGCAUCUCCAGCUUCACCAUCCUCGGCAUCGUCAAUCUGGACAACAUCAUGCCCAGUCCAAAGGUGUGCGCCAUCAACAACCGCAUGUUCUUCGUGCUGGGCAGCUUGCUGGCCUUCUUCAUCCCGAUGAUCAUCAUGGUGAUCACUUACUCGCUGACGACGCUGCUGCUGCGCCGCAAGUGUCGCUCGGGCGCCACGCUGCGCCACCGCCACGUGGGGCGCAGUCUGGCGCGCACAGCGCUCACCGCCGAGAAGAAGGCGUCCAAGGUGCUCGGCCUCGUCUUCCUUGCGUUCGUCGUUUGUUGGGCGCCGUUCUUCACGCUGAACAUCAGCAACGGCAUCUCCAACAGCAUCUACGUCAACCCGUACGUGGAGGCGGUGUUCCUGUGGCUCGGCUACGUCUCCUCCACCAUCAACCCCAUCAUCUACACGAGCGUCAACAAGACGUUCCGCGCGGCGUUCCUGAAGCUGCUGCGCUGCGGCUGCCGACAGUUUCAGCAGGGCCGCCAGUACCGGGCCUACAGCCUCAACGACACGGGCGCCACCACGACGCCGCUCUCGAAGCCGCCGUCGACUCACUUCCGCGCGCCGAGCCUCUCGCAGACGCGCUGCGUCGAGCCGCUGCAGCGGCCUGGGCUCGCCUUUAAGUCACAGUCCAUCUGCUAG